AUGUUUGAAGAACCAAUCAUGGAAUCAAUGCUUGAUUAUAAUUAAUCUCUAACUUUAGAUUAGAAAUUGCAGACCAUGAAUUUCCCUCUAAAAACUCUUUCAGAAGUCAAAGAGAGAUAUAAAUAUCAAAUUGAUUAUUCCACUUUGCAAGAAAGAAAAUUCAAUCUUAGAAAAACUAGAUAGCCUCUCAUUAUAUUUUCAUCAACUGAUAUUAAUUUACCUCCAACAAGAACUGAAUUAAGAGUCAAAUCAGUAAUAUCUCCAGAAAUUAAUGAAACUCUCUUAUUUGUUUUUGCAUAGCCCAAUAAUUUUAAAAGUAGAAGUUUAAGUUUCAGAAAAAAGCGCUAAUGA